AAAAUACUAUUUUCUUCAGCUAUAUAAAUAGCAUGUGCAAAACAGAAUUUUAGAUAAAUCGUCUGUACUGCACUAUUUGGAGACAAUUUUACUAUUUUCAUCAAAAGUAUAACAAACUACAUCAUGGCAUCAAUCCUAUUUGGAACUACACAAAAUACAACGAUAUUUGGGGAAGGGAGUUGGGAUGAGAGUUGGGAUGAUAACGUGACCAUUCAAGAUCCUGGGUCCACUUCCUCAAGCAUAAAUGGCAUCUUGUUUCCCGCCGUCUUCGCCAGCCUGAUCGUCAUCGCGAACAUCGUCAGCCUCGCGUCGUUCUGCGUCGAAAAACGACUUCGAACCUACAACAACUACUUCAUCAUGAAUCUGAGCAUCCUCGAUCUGCUUAUCGGGUUGCGACUCGGCAUAAGCGUUGCUCACACUCAUCUCAGGUACUUUCCCUUCUCUCAGAACGUCUGUAAGAUUAUCAGCGGGUUUGCUCACGCAUUCACGAGCGCGUCCAACUUCACGGUGGUCGUCAUUUGCGUCGACCGUCAUCGAGCGACGUACGAUCCCAUCAACCAUUUUAUGUCGCGCUCCAAGCAGAAGGCGCUUCUCAAGAACGCGGUCCCGUGGCUGCUCGGACUCGCCUUUUGGCUCCCUUACGUCACCGUGUGGGAGUUCGUCGAGGGUUUCGACAACGGGGUGCAUUGUCUCCGGCGGUUUGCGGUACUUGCUUUGACGCAAGUCGUCACGAACGUGGUGUUAUUUUUCGGGCCUUUCUUGAUCAUCGCCGUUUUGUACUUUAGAAUCUUCACCAAGAUCAAAAGCAUCGGGAAAGGAAACUUCGAGAAAAAGUUUGCAACGAAGGGCCAAUCGGCUGGAGCGAAUCGCAGUAAGGUGGUGGAAAAUUAUUCAGUUGACGACAUUUCGACCAUUAGCAGCGCUACGACCGAUGUAGAAUUGAACUCAGCUGACAUUUGCGAUGACACUUUCGACCAACCAACUUCAAAGAAGAACGCCGAUGGUCUCCAAAGAAAGGUUCCCAAGCCCGCCAAGCGUGAGUCCGUCGUCGAAAUGCGGAAGGCAACGCGUACGCUUCUCCUGAUCGUCAUCGCCUUCGUUAUCGCAUGGCUCCCUUCUAGCAUCAUCCAGCUCACCUACACCAUCGAACCCGCCCUGAUCAUCUCCGGGUUCCCCCGCCCCGCCUAUCUCUUCUUCUCCUACUUGGUCUACGCUAACAAUCUCCUUAACCCGAUAUCGUAUGUCGUCUCGCAGCCUCUCUUUCGCAGCACCGUUAUCCGCAUGUUCCUAUGCAGACGUAGAUGAACAGUCGUUUUUACGAUUGGCACAGUGACUGUAAACUGGAAGUGGUCUGAAUUACGCUCCUAAAGCAGAGGAGGGGGAAGUCUGCCACUCUCUUAAGAGUCACAUCAGAGAUUCAUUCGUUUUUAGUUGAAUCC